AUGGCGGAAUCAAUUAUUUAUGACAUCAUCACUAAGCUGAGCUCCCCUCUUGUGCAGCAACUUGGCUUGUGGUGGAAUUUCAAAGACGACCUCGUCGACCUCGAAAGCAUCGUCUCCGCGAUCAGAGCCGUGCUCCUCAACGCCGAAGAGCGAUCCGAAAGCAACAAUGCUGUCAAACACUUUCUUGAAAAGCUUAAAGUUGCACUUUAUGACGCGGAUGACCUUUUGGAUGAUAUCCAUACCGAAGCCUUGAGGAAAGAUAGGAUGAGUGGGAGCAAGCUCACUAAAGAGGUACGCCUUUUCUUCUCGAGCUCAAACAAGGUUGCUUAUGGUCUCAAAAUGGGAAGUAAAAUUAAGGCCAUUAAGGCCAGUUUAAGUUCCAUUCAAAGUGAGACCAAGUUGUUGAAAUUAGUACAACGUGAGUAUCCUAGGGAAACACCUUUCAUGGCCAAAAGGAGGCAGGAGGCGCACUCUUUUGUGGCUAAAGAUAAAAUAAUAGGGAGGGACGAUGAUAAAGCAGCUCUUCUAAAACUCUUGUUGGAGUUUGACAGUGAAGAGAAUGUUUAUAUCAUUCCAAUUGUGGGGUUCGGAGGGUUAGGCAAGACUGCAUUGGCACAGUUGGUCUAUAAUGAUGAAGUGGUCAAAGAUCACUUUGACUUGAUGAUGUGGGUAUGUGUCUCGGAUGUUUUCGAUGUGAAAACGAUAGUCGAAAACAUUAUUAAAUCCGUGACUAACCAUUCACCCGAUCAAAAUCUCGAAAUGGAUCAACUGCAGAAACAACUUCGAGAUGAGCUUAAUAAGAAGAAAUAUUUGCUUGUCCUGGAUGACAUUUGGAAUGAGGACAGGGAACGAUGGGAUAGCUUAAAGGAUUUACUGAUGGGUGGGGCUAAAGGAAGUAGGAUCAUAGUAACUACUCGCUAUCACACGGUAGCAAAGAUAACUAGUUUAUGUCAGCCCUAUGUUUUGAAAGGCUUGUCUGACGAUGAUGCUUGGUCUUUGUUCAAAGAGAUAGCGUUUGAGCGAAGACCUGCAGACUCGACAAAUUCAGCCUUUGUGGAGACAGGAAAGCAGAUUUCAGAAAUGUGUCGUGGGGUUCCUUUAGUCAUUAGGACAAUAGCUGGUACCUUAUCUUAUAUAGAAACCGAACAUGAGUGGCUUUCUUUUAAGGAUAAUGAACUUGCUAGAAUACCCCAAAAAGAUGAUAAAAUCUUGCCUACACUUAAGUUGAGUUACGAUCAUCUCCCAUCCCAUAUGAAGCAUUGCUUUGCUUAUUGUAGGUUGUACCCAAAAGAUCAUAAAAUCGAUGUAAAAACACUUGUUCAGCUUUGGAUUGCACAAGGCUUUGUAAACCAAUCGAAUUCGAGUCAAUCACUUGAAGAGAUUGGGUUUGGGUAUUUUAAAGGUCUAGUCGAAAGAAAUUUGUUUCAAGAGAUAGAAGAAGAUGAAUUCCGGGGAAUAGUGUGUAAAAUGCAUGAUUUCAUGCAUGAUCUAGCCGAAUCAGUAGCGGGUAGAGAAAGCAGCCUUUUAAAUUCAAAUUCAGGUGCAAGUGAACUCGAUGAAAAUUGUCGUCACUUAUCUGUCGAUUUUUCAUUAAUUCCUCUGCAAAAGGGGAAGAAGUUGCGAACUUUGUUUGUCGCAAACAAGAAAGUUCAUAACAUGAGUUAUGCAAACUGGGAUUGGAUAGUUUCGGAUUGUAGAUGCUUGCGUGUGUUGGAGUUGUGCGAUUUAAAUAUUUUUGGAGUCUCAAGCUCCAUUAAAAAGUUGAAACAUUUGAGCUUAAAGAAUUGCCAAAGAAGAUUGAAAAAUUGGUGA